AUGACAGAUACAGGAGGGUAUGAUAUACAACAACAACAACAACAUAUGAUGAUGUUGCAACAUCCAGGAGGAACAGCAGCAACAACAGAUUCUCCUGCUGCUGCUGCUGCUGCAGGUACUAGUAGUAGUAGUUGUUUACCUAUAGGCAGCAGCAGCAGCAGCAGCAGUAGUAGUAGUAUAGGUUCAUUACCUAUAGAUCCAACACAACAGCAGCAACAACUUGAUCAUCAACAGUUAUAUACAAAUCAAUAUGAUUCAAGUAGUAGCAGCAACAGCAGCAGCAACAGCAGCAGCAGCAGCAGCAGCAGCAUAAAUAUAAAUAAUAAUAUUAUAGAUGAUAAGAAUAUACAACAACAACAACAACAGCAACAACAACAACAACAACAACAACAACGUAAGAAAUAUAGAUUACAGUACCAACCAUUACCUAAUGAUUUACCAGGUGUAUGGAUAGAUUGUCCUUAUGAGAAGAUUGAGGAAUUUCAGCGUUUAUUUCCUUCCUUAGCUGUAUGGCCACCAGCACAAGAAGCAUCAGCAGCAGCAGCAGCAGCAGCAGCAGCAACAGGAGGAGGAGCAACAACACAAGGGUACUAUGCUGCUCGUCAUCCUCCUGGGGUUGGUGGGGUUGUUGUUGUUGUUGUUGUUGUUGCUGCUGCUGCUGAUGAUGAUGAUGAUUAUGAUGAUGAUGGUCAUGGUUGUUGUUGUUUUAUGGUGGUGGUAGUAAUGCGUUUUAAUGAACAUGUUACUGUAUUUAAUAAAAUAUAUGCACAUCUGCAACAAGUUGCGCAACAAAAUGAGCUGUAUAGGAAGCAGCAGCAGCAGCAGCAGCAGCAGCAGCAGCAGCAGCAGCAAGGAGGAGGAGGAGCACAAGAUGGUACUGCUGCUGCUCCUGUUCUUAAGGCGGAACAGGUGGAAGGAGGAACAGCAGCAACAACAACAGCAGAUCAAGCUGCUAAUACUGCUGCUGCUGCAGGAGCAGCAGCAGCUAAUACUGCUGCUGAUGAUGCAACAGCUGCUGCUACAGCAGCAGCUACUCCUGCUGCUGCAGGUGCUACAACAGCAACAGGUGCUGCAGCUGUAGCACCAACCGAUGCAACACCAACAACUGCACCAGCAGCAACACCAGCAACCGGACAGACACCAGCUGCACCUGCAGCAACUGCAACAGCAACACCAGCUGCAACUGCAACUGCACCUGCAGCAACAGCAGCAACUACAGCAGCAGCAGCAACAGCAGCACCUGGAGCUGUUGCUCCUGCUACUUCAUCAGGGAUGGCAACUGACGGACCAGCAGCAACAACAGCAGCACCAGCAGCAGCAGCACCAGAGGGUUCCUCUCUAUAG